AUGCAGUUGGAAAUACUUCCGAAUCAGGUAAUAGGGCUUCCCCGCAUUGGCCCUACCGCGCUAUCCCCAAUCGGUCAAGAAAAGUUCCUGGAGCUCGACCCUGUAUCUUCCUCCAACCCCACCCUCUCCAACCAAUUGAUAAUGGAGAAGCACGAUCUCGUGGAGUCGCCGCGCAAGCGCCAAAAGACCAGCGAUGCUAGCCCAGAGAAGAUGGUGGUUGCUGGUGACGGCGCCGCAGAUGUCCCGACCACUACCGCCGUGGUUUCGGACGCCCAAGGUGUCAAGGAAGUCGAGGUCGGAAUCACUGAGUUUGUGAGCUCUGACAAUGAAGGAUUUUCGGGUAUCUUGAAAAAGAGAUACACCGAUUUCAUGGUCAACGAGAUCACGACCGCCGGCGAAGUUGUUCACCUCCGCAACACGAACGCACCGGAUGCCGGUCCCAAACUCAAGCCUGUUCAGAAGGCCCCAGAGACGGGGGUCAAAGCUACGGACCCGACUGAGGAAACUCAGCCAACGGCCGAGCCAACGGCCGAGCCAACACCAGUCGAAUUCCAAGUGUCGGAUGAGGACCGCGCGCUUCUGAGCGAAUUCUUCGGCGCCGAGAAUGCCACCACAAUCAUUACUAUGCACAAGGAAGCUAUGGCUAAGCCCAAGGCCCGGCCCAGCGAGUUCGGCAAGGUCACAGUUGCUAUCUCUGACCGCGACCUGCGCACCAAGAUUCACCAGAAUAUUCGUCGCAUUUUCAACUCUGAGAUCGACUCGACCACAGACCAGGAUGGUAACAUGGCUAUUACCGCAGCGAACAACCGUUUCAAGCGUGCUCCGAACAAGGGAGGACGCGGCGGCGAUAGCGGAGCCCGCGGUCAGGGCCCCCGUAUCAACUGGGAAGAACUCGGAGGACCCUACUUGCAUUUCACAAUCUACAAGGAGAACAAGGACACCAUGGAAAUCAUCUCCUUUAUCGCUCGUUCAUUGAAGAUGAACCCCAAGUCUUUCCAAUUUGCCGGAACCAAGGAUCGCCGCGGCGUUACCGCGCAGCGUGCUUGCGCCACCCGUGUUCUUGCUGAGCGACUUGCCAAGUUGAACCCGACUCUUCGUAAUGCUACUCUUGGUGACUUCAAGUACAGCAAGCAGGGCUUGGACCUGGGAGAUCUGCUGGGCAACGAGUUCCAUAUCACUCUGCGCGAGUCUGAUAUUCCCGGUGUCAACUUGAGUGACCCCGAGAGCGCAGUCGCCAAGGCCACUGAAGUUGUUGGCACUUCUCUGAAGAACCUCCGCGAGCGCGGAUACUUCAACUACUAUGGUCUUCAGCGAUUCGGAACCUUCACUACUCGGACUGACACUAUCGGUCUCAAGAUUCUCCAGUCAGACUUCAAGGGUGCCUGCGACGACAUCCUGUCUUAUAGCCCUCACGUUCUCGAGGCAGCAAAUCAAGGCGAUGCCUCUACCAUGAACAUUAGUAAUGAUGACAAGGCUCGCGCUAUGGCCAUCCAUAUGUUUGAGACCAAGAUUGCGACCGGGGCCAAAACCCUCACCAACGACAUCUUGUCGAGACUUCCGCGCAAGUUCUCUGCCGAAAGCAACAUCAUCCGCCACCUCCUUAACUCACGCAAUGAUUACUUGGGUGCCCUGCAAUCCAUUCCCCGCAACUUGCGGUUGAUGUACGUUCACGCAUACCAGUCCCUCGUCUGGAACUUUGCUGUCGGUGAGCGCUGGCGACUCUACAGCGAUAAAGUUGUAGAGGGUGAUCUUGUUAUUGUCCAAGAGCACCGUGACAAGGAGACCGAGGCCCCUGAGACCAAGGAAGAGACUGUUGAUGCAGACGGAGAGAUCAUCAUCGUGCCUCAAGGGGAAGACAGCGCCACCGCAGCGGAGGAUAUGUUCACCCGCGCCCGGGCUUUGACCGCCGAAGAGGCAGCCAGCGGCAAAUACACUCUGUUUGACCUGGUUCUCCCCCAGCCUGGAUACGAUAUUAUCUACCCGGCCAACCAAGUGAAGGACUUUUAUAAGAGCUUCAUGGGCAGUGAGCAGGGUGGUAAAUUGGAUCCUUUCGACAUGCGCCGCAAGUGGCGUGACGCGAGUCUGAGCGGCAGCUACCGCAAGAUCUUCAGCCGCAUGGGUGACGACUACUCCUUCGAUGUCAAGAUGUACUCCAAGGAUGAUCAGCAGUUUGUCCCCACUGACAUGGACAAGUUGAAGCAGCGGGAAGCCGAUAUCAACAUCGCCACAGAUGAGCAGCCCGAUAAGCUGGCUGUCAUUCUGAAGUUCCAGCUUGGAUCCAGUCAAUACGCCACCAUGGCUCUUCGCGAGUUGACCAAGGGCAAAAUGACUGCCUACAAGGCGGACUUCGGUGGUGGAAGAUAA